UAGGCCAUUCUAUCCUACAAUGUUGUGAUUAUUAUAAAAAGUAAUUUGAAUUUCUCCCCCGCAAAAAAAAAUUGAAUUUCUAACUGAGCUUAAAUCAUUAUGUUCAUUUCAAGAAAAAAGAAUAUACAUGAGCAGAAUAGCCUUUUUUCAUGAAGCUCUACUGAGUAAUAACUUCGGCAGAUAAAAUUGCCGACAGAAGUAAUGGGGAUGUGGCAGUUGACUCCUACCAUCUUUACAAGGAAGAUGUGCGCCUCAUGAAGGAUAUGGGAAUGGACGCAUACAGGUUUUCCAUAUCAUGGACAAGAAUUCUUCCAGACGGAACUCUGAGAGGUGGAGUCAACCGAGAAGGCAUCAAGUAUUACAACAACUUAAUCGAUGAGCUUCUGUCCAAAGGGUUGCAGCCAUUUGUGACCCUUUUUCACUGGGACUCUCCACAGGGAUUGGAAGAUAAAUACGGAGGAUUUCUUAGCCCUAAUAUCAUAAAUGACUAUAAAGACUUUGCUGAAGUCUGCUUCAGAGAAUUCGGAGAUCGGGUGAAGCACUGGAUCACAUUGAAUGAGCCAUCUAACUUCUGCAAUUCGGGUUAUGCAAUGGGCGUAUCCGCACCAGGCCGGUGUUCUCCUUGGGAGAAGGCAAACUGCAGCGCCGGGGAUUCUGGGAGGGAGCCCUACACUGUCUGCCACCAUCAGAUACUCUCUCAUGCAGCAGCCGCGAGAUCGUAUACACAGAAAUAUAAGAGGGUGCAGAAGGGCGAGAUCGGAAUAACUUUGGUGUCAAACUGGUUUACUCCCUUAUCCGGUUCAAAAUCAAGUGUUGCCGCGACGCGGCGCGCUAUAGAGUUCAUGGUUGGAUGGUUUCUGGACCCCCUCAGCAGAGGAGACUACCCUCGGAGCAUGAAAGUAUUGGUCGGAAAUCGCCUGCCGCAGUUCACCAAAAAACAGUCUGAGUUGGUGAAGGGUGCAUUUGACUUCAUUGGAAUCAACUACUAUACUACAAACUACGCUGGCAGCCUUCCUCCAUCAAAUGUCAUGAGGAAGAGCUACUCUACUGAUGCGCAAGCUAAUCUCACGGGUGUUCGAAAUGGCGUCCCCAUAGGCCCUCAGGCUGCUUCGCCUUGGCUCUACGUGUACCCUCAAGGUCUCCGUGAUCUGCUACUUUAUAUCAAGGAGAAGUACCACAAUCCAACCAUCUACAUCACUGAAAAUGGAAUCGAUGAAGCCAACAACAAGAGCCUACCACUCCAUGAAUCCCUUAAUGACGAUGCUAGGAUAGAUUACCACCACAGGCACCUUGAUGCCCUGCUGAGUGCGAUCAGGGACGGGGCAAAUGUGAAGGGGUACUUUGCGUGGUCUCUUCUCGACGACUUCGAGUGGUCGAGCGGGUACACGGUGAGGUUCGGGUUACACUUUGUGGACUACGACCAUGGUCUGAAGCGGUACCCCAAGCGAUCCGCUGGCUGGUUCAAGAAGUUCCUCAAGGGAUGAUCUCACAUAUCAACUGAAAGUAGCGACAAAUAAUGGAGACAGUGUGCGUGUUCUAAAACCUUUAGAAAGACUUAUAAUUAAGAACGGAGGGGUAGAAAAUAAAAUAUCUUCUCCUCACGCUGCAAAAAUGUGCACACAGCAGUUCCCGCCAAAACAAAGACCAUGUGCAUGUCCGCUUGAAGGAAAAAGAAGAUCCACUCAAAAAAAAUGUCCACGUGCAUGACCAUAGUAAGGAUUAUUCCACAAGCGUCACAUUAUGAAGAAAGAUUUUGCGUAACAAGUGUCUCUCAUUUUUCCACAAAAAAUAAAUAAAAUAAUUUUAAUACCCACGUACAAAAAGAAGAACCAGUCACCUUAAAAAAGAUCAAGUAAAAUAAAAUAAAUCAGACAGAACCCUACAUAAAUCUCUACAUAAUGGCUCCUAGAUAUUAUCACAACCAAGGUCCUUAAAUUAAUAU